UUGUAUUGGAAAGCAAAGUAGAUAUUCAGAGAGGAAUCAAGGAUGAAAUCGAGUAUUUAAAAGUAGAUGACAAGAGCGAAAGAAAUGCCCAGGCUAAGAAACAUAAGAAAUGGAAAUAAAAUGAUCAAGAAAGGCAUGCAUAGUGCAAUGAUUAUGCAGAUGAGGAAAAUAAAAACUAAUCCUAAGUCUAUUCAUUUGGAUCAUAUACCAACUCCUGGAAGUCUACAAAGACAUAGAAGUAUUGUAGAAAAAGGAAAGAUUUUACCUCCAAAGAAUCGGUUAAAAUCUCCCUAUUUAAGAGGAGGAAGAGUCCAGGAGUUUGUUACAAAUUUCCCAAGAAGGCUUAGUAAACUUCCUGAUGCUAUUCGUCCAUCAUUCCCUCAACCCCAACAUUGGGCUAUCAAUAUUGAAAAGCCAAAGACUCCUAGUAAAAAUUAAAGGUGACUCCAUAAUUCUUGAAUCAGAACAUGCAACAGAUAUGUCUAGAAGAGAUAGCUUUAAAAUAGGCCAAAUUCAGAUAACAACUCAAGAAGGAGGAACAUUCGACAAGACUGAGUGUAAGCUCCCAGAAACUCUAUCUGACUCUCUUGAGUCAGAAAGUAAAAAGAAGCAACAAUGCUCUCCAAGCUUCCAUGUUGUACGAAUGGAACCAACUCCGAAGAAAUAAAAUAAUAAAGAGGAAUAGAAUAAGGCGUUCUUGAAGGAGAGAUAAGACUAUGUCACAACAUUUUAAGCUUAAAAGACCUGAAUUGCCAAGACAGAAUGUUGAUUUGAAGGAUAUCUCAAAUCCAACUAAUUAUAAAUCGAGUUUUGCGAAGAACCCUAAUAAGACAAAGGAAAUUACUGAGGCAGAGGUGACCAUUCCUAUGCAUUUGAAGACUGAAAGUUUUAAACUUACGAAAUAAGCUUCAUAGCUUCGGCAAGCAUGCCAAAUCUUCAAGCUUGGGUAUGAAUUUUUUAAAAGAGGAUUCACAAGCUGAUACAAAAAGGAGUAACUUGACUACUCUUGAUAACCAUGAAAUAAUUUCAAAGAUGAGUUCCUCCAAUGGAUUCUGCAAUCUCCAAAAUUGGGAGAAGAUUAAGAAGAUUAAGUCUAGAGCAACUCCUAGAGUCUUUAAAGUCCAGGAACAAAUCUUAAAGCAAGAUGCCAUUAAUUCAAAAAAAAUAAAAGAAGCUUGAAAGAAAUGAGUGAAAAAUUCAAUGAUUCUCAGGAACAAAGCUCGAUUUGUCAAUCAAGAGAUUGAGGAUCAAUCAUUAGAGAAAUCUCUAAGCAGGCCUACAGUCCACCCUGAUAGCAAGAUGAUGAACUACAUACUUGAACUUCUUGAGCAAGAUAGAUCUGAUAAAGGCAAUAUUUUUAAAUAAGUGUGAAAAGUGUAAAGCUGAGGACAUUAAGGUCAUCAAUGAGACUGGUAUGAGGAGGACAUUCCAGUGAUUCCACAGAAGUGGCAUCAAGAAGUUUAGAAAUAUGAAAAGUAACCCCAUUCUUCUAAAGCAUAUGUAUGCAAAGAACUUCAUGAAGUAUGACCUGAAGGUUCUUGGAAGCCAGAAGGAGCAGUUCUUUAUACUAUAUGGAGAGUUAGAGAUCUUUAAAAAGAAAGCACUUAUUCUAAAAGCCUUCUUUCAGAGAACUCCUCCCUGUGUGAGUGUUAACGAAGAAGGAGAGAAUGUCAAGGAUUGGAACAGCUUUUAUUGUGGCAUCUCUAAGAAACACAAAUAAGAAACUUAAUAACAUGCUGAAAGAGCUGCUUAUAAUACUUUAUGACGUAAGUAAUAUUGUACUUCAGGAGUUGGCAGAUGAGCCUGAGAAGAUCGGGAUUGACCCAGUUAAGUACCUGUAUGAACUUCACAUGAAUCUAUUGAAGGAUAUAAAACUGACUUACGAGGCAGAAUUCGUAGCCCAUAUAGAAUUACUUGAGGAUAUGGUUGAAUUUUACAGUUCUUCAGUAUAUGUCUACCUUAUUCUAAACAGAUCCUAUGAAAGACCAAUCAUAAAAGUUCCUCGUGUUAAAUAAAUGCAUUGAUAAAAUCAUGAAGGGGACUUCUUUUUCUAUUGAGCUAACUUCUGUAUUUAAAGAGAUGUACAAGAACAUGAAAAAUCAUAAACAAAUUCAAGAUAAUAUUGAAGAAAUUGAGAAGCUAGUAAAGCCAGAUUCUCCUCCUGAAGAGCCUAAACCUACAUUUCUGAAUACAUUGAUUAGCUUAGGAUGGACUAAAAAGUCUAAAGAAAAUAAAGAGACUGACGCGAAAGAGAAUACUCAGAGACAAGGAGUACCUCGGACUGCUCAAAUGGCUGGAAACUUUUAUGAGACUCCUAAGAAUAUUAAAAAUGUACAAAUGAGGAUGCUGAAGUCUCAGAGAAAUGAGAAGUAUAAUGAUGAGCAAAGGGAGCUAUAGCAGUGGAACUAGUUAAAAAAGGCUAUGAGCACUGCCCAAUGGUAGACAAGAAUUUAAUCGCAAAUUCGAUUGAUGAUAUUGUGAAGGGAUAUUAUCGUAAAACAAAAAGCCAUACAAAAAGCAUUCCGCUCCUUCAUUCUAAAUUUGAGGUGCUAUAAUUUAUUCA